AUGGAGUCACUUGAAACUACUGCAGGGGUGAAAAGCUCUGCUGAGGGUCAGGACAUAAAUGUUGUUGCACAGAAAAAAUGCACCUCAGAAGCAGCACAGACUAGGAUGAGUCCAUCAGUCGAAUUGGAAACCAAGGGGUGGCACAAACAACUGAAAGAAGGUCAGAGCAGAGACACGUGUGGUUUCAAAGAAAUGUCUGACUCAGGGAAAUCACUGCAAUUAGAAGAUCAGCACUCCCAAGCCCAGUCCACAAGCCAUCAAGACUAUGAGGUGUCUUCAUAUCCACCACAGUCCACAAAACAGUUUCCCCGUGGCAGACAGAAAGUCUCUUCACAGUCCCCAGGACCUGCAUCUCACAGGAAGCCCACCAGUUCACCUGAAGUCCAACAACAGUGUUCCCAUUCAGGGAUGGAUCAGCUGUCAGAGGAUAUAUGUAAGGUGGAGCAGAAACCACAAAAGCCUGGGAAGUAUGUUUGUGAUUACUGUGGGAGGGCAUGUGCCAAACCCAGCGUGCUUAAGAAACAUAUUCGCUCACACACCGGGGAACGGCCCUAUCCAUGUGUCCCCUGCGGAUUCUCCUUCAAAACCAAGAGUAAUUUAUACAAACACAGAAAGUCCCAUGCUCACUCAGUCAAAGCUGGAACAGUGCCACUAUCAGAACUUGGGUCUUACAAUGCCAACACUGACCAUGGGUCUUUUGAAGGGGAAGGCGAGUUAUUCUCUGAUGCUGAGCAAAGCACGGACACGGACGAGGACACUCUUAACGACCCGCUGCUGCUGUUAGACUCUUCAGUGGAGGGCUCAGAUAACACUGCUGUAAAAGUACUAAAUCUCAUUGCUCAGAAAAAGGGAGCCACGUCGAUGUCAGCUCAGGAUGGUUCCUCCCAGCACCAAGAAAUGAGUACGCCUCCCGCCUCUGCCGAGGCUAGCCGUGCAAUUCAAUCUUGCACAAUCAAACAGAGGCUUGCACUUCGGCUGUCUGAAAAAAGAAGCAGCGACUCUGACAACAAUCUGUCCCUCCCAAGUCAGUCUAGCAAAGGCAGCACGGACUCCGGAUACUUCUCGCGCUCCGAAAGUACCGAGCACCAGACUGGUCCUCCGAACACUAACGCAAAGUCCUAUCAAGAAAUUAUGUUUGGAAAGUGCUACAGGCCAAGCCCUAAACAGACGGCAGCUUUUAUGGCUUGUAGCACAGAUUCAAGUGAAUAUACCGGGAGACACUCGGAGAAAGGUGUUUCUCGCGUUUUCACCCAAGAAAAAGACACCGUUGAGUCGAUCAAAAUAAACACAAAGUCAUUCAUGAGGGAAGAGGUAAAUGAACCACUGUUAGACACUGGCUCUGAUGUGGGGACUCUGAUAAGAAGCAACUCAAUGCCAACAUCCUCCGUAGUGUGUCUAACUAUGCCUCAAGCCCUUAGAGGCAGCCACUCUUUUGAUGAGAGAACAAGCACUGGGGGCAUGAGGAGACUAAGGCGCCAAGCUGCUUUCGAGGUCUCUGCACAUGAUAGCCACGCAGACGCAGACAGCCACGGAAAGAUUAGCGAGAGUGGCAUUUCAACCUCAGGAUUGGAAAUGGAAAAUUACCACUCAAUGGCAUCUAGUAUGAGCCAUCAGAGACACGCAAUGGAACUGGCAACACGGAAGCGUCGGAAAGAGAAGAGGGAAGAGGAAGAUUCGUCAGUUCAAUAUGAAGGCCUUCAUGAACAGUGUGAAGAAAUGCUUGAUUCAAGUAAGGACUUUGAUUUAAAACAAGCUGCAGUGGGCCUUAUGGCAUUAGGAAAAGGACAUUCAAGUUUGUUAAUGCAGAUGGACAGGUGUGACAUGGAAAUAUCUGUGAGCUCUGAAAUUUCUGGUCGGAAAACCUUAGGAAAUGUAAUUUCUGUUAUCCAACACACAAACUCAAUUAACAGGCCUCACUCUGAACAGUCAGAAUCAUACAAGUAUCAUGGGCAGAGACAGGAUAGCAAUUCUUCAUUUCAAGCUAUAGAGGCAAGUGAAUCCUAUGAGUUGGAAAGGAGUGAUAGUAGUCUAUUGUUUCAAAUGGGGCCCAAACGUCGACAGCCCAACAUACAAGUCCCAGAAAUUAGGGUCACAGUAGAGCCUGACAGUCCAGAAAAAGCUCCAGAGGUGCAGGUGAAGGAGCCAGAGAAGCAUGUGGAGGAGUUUCAGUGGCCUCAAAGGAGUGAAACUUUAGCACAAUUCCCUCCAGAAAAGCUCCCUCCAAAGAAGAAAAGGCUACGCUUAGCGGAUAUCGAGCACUCCUCUGGUGAAUCUAGUUUUGAGUCUGCCUGCACCAGUCUUUCCCGCAGCCCGAGCCAAGACAGCAACUUAUCUUAUAGCUCCACCUUCUCUGUUGACAGGGAGGAGAGUUUGAAGUCCGUCUCUCCAGCCAGGCAGGAUGAAUUUGGCAAACCACUGGAGCUCUUAGCAGUGCCAGGGAGUGGGCACUCCCUCUCUGUGCUCAACCAGCGUCAACAACAUGAAAUGAGACGCUCCUCCUCAGAGCAGGCACCGUGUAACUUGCACAAGGGGUUCCCAGAGGUACGCAGCAUAUCAUUUGACUAUGGCAGCCUUUCUCCUACAUCCAAAGUUAGACACGUGGACAUCAGCUCUGGCCACUCGGCUGUAAGGGAGAGAAGGAGGGGAAACUUGGUGCGACAGGAGUCAUUGAAUAUGGACGCUGAGGUAAUACAAGUCCCAUCACAAGUGUUUCCGCAGUACCUCAGCAGCACUUCCCCCCCAUUCACAGCAGUUGCUGUUCUGCCACAGGCUCUGCCAAUAUUCUCCACCGGGAAUACAUUUCCCCAGCUGUCACAUCCGAGCCUUUUAGUUCCUGUAAGAAUACAGACUUAUGUGCCAUCCUAUGGCAGUAUCACAUACACUUCAGUAUCACAGAUUUUCGACAAUCAGUAUGACAGUAUUAGCUUCACUACGUCCACUUCUCAGAAUCAGACUUCACGUUUGUCUGGAAAUCUUGAUUCUCAUAAUGCAUUAGCUUUUACCAGACCACCUUCGAAGCACACCCUCAAUGUUGUAGCCCUUGAUUUGUCAUCAGCUAAGCUCAAGACAGGCAUCCCUCUCUCUCUGACCUCCAGAACUAUCUCAACCACUAACGCCUCCAGUGGUGGCACUAACAAACGGAUGCUUUCCCCUGCUAGCAGCCUGGACCUUUUCAUGGAGGUCAAGCAGCAAAAACGUGUGAAAGAGGAAAGAAUGUUUGGGCAGAUUGUAGAGGAGCUGGGUGCUGUGGAGUUGGGAAAAUGUAAUUUGAGCGAAGAGAAGGGGCACAGGUCAGAGAUGCAGGGUGCAUCCUUACCUCAUGCUCAGGAUGACUCACAUAGGAAAUUUAUCACACUUCAACAAAAAGUGACAGAAGCCACAGACCACGAAGUUGAAUCAGCAAUGGAAAGUAGCUCACUGGAAACCAGCUCACCUCCCUACUCUAUGUUAUCAGUGAGCGGAGUGAAAGAAGUUGGCAUGGAGAAACAAGUGCAGAUGGAUAUGGGGGCACAGCUGAUUCCCAGUAAAUACACCCUGAUCUCAGACACCGAGCAUUCAAGACUGUUGUCUCAGUUUCCAAGUCUUCGCACGACGACAGGAGUGAGCUGGUGUUAUCUCAACUACACCAAGCCGAGCUGCUCUCACAGCAACGCCCCUUUCUCCUCCGUGUAUGCCACCUGGUGUGUGAGCUCCCACAACCCGAACCCUCUUGAGCUGAGUACUAAUACUGCUCUGGCUUUACUGCAGUCCAAACAGAGGGGAGACAAGGUAAUAUACACCAUGGCCGCCAUGUGUCAGCCUGGCACAGGAAAACUGGUGUCAUCCCUCAUCCUGUGGAGGCAGACCAUGGAACAGCUGCAGAGGAAACCGGAGCCCAAAGAGGUGGACAUCACCUACGGGAAGAAGGUGAAAGACAUCAGCUGCAGAGUGAAAACUGCCAAGGAGGAGUGGAAAGAGAGGGAGGCUUCCACCACCCAAACAGUGCCAACACGCAUUAAGAUCUUUGAGGGAGGAUACAAGUCCAAUGAAGACUAUGUGUAUGUCAGAGGUCGAGGCCGGGGGAAAUACAUUUGUGAGGAGUGUGGCAUUCGCUGUAAAAAGCCGAGCAUGCUUAAAAAACACAUCAGGACCCACACAGAUGUGAGACCGUACAUCUGCAGGGUCUGCAACUUUGCUUUUAAAACUAAAGGAAACCUGACUAAACACAUGAAGUCAAAGGCACACAUGAAGAAAUGUCUUGAACUGGGAGUGUCAGUCUCCAUGGAUGACACAGAGAUACAGGAGCAUGUGGACAACAGCCAACAAGAGACCAAGGUAGUGGUCACAACCAAACACCAGUUCUCGGACGCGGACGACUCCGACGGCAUGGACGAAGAAGUUGACGAAAUUGACGAAGACGAUGACGAGGACGAUGAAUACGAGGGGGACUCCACUCCAAAGCUGCGUUCGAGAAGCACAAGUCCUCAGCCGUGUGGAGUUACCUCUCUGACAGUCACAGCCACCGCUGCUAUCCACAACUUUUCCCUCACCUCUCUGCCUGGCACCGAUGUCCGCCAACAGUCCACUGGCAAGCGGACGGGUUCGGACCAUCGCCCCGUCCUUGCAACAGACCAGAGGGAGAAGUCCAUGGACGAAGACUCUCUAACUAUGCUGUCUCCAGACCAAGCCAGCUUCCUAUUUGACCCCUACUCCUCCUGCCUGCUCUCUCCUGGCUGGGAGUCUCCCAUCAGGGAGCCAUCCCCUUCACGUCUGCGUUACCCGUCCCCGAGGCGAGAGCUCUCCCCGCGAGGUCGAUCCUCUCCCAGAUGGGAUACCUCCCCGCUGAGGCCUGGCUCGCCUGGCUUCACACCCAUUCAGCACCUCUCCCCGGGCUUGAUCGAACGACCCGUGUCUCCUGGAACAGAGCUGUCUGGAAAGCGAGAACCCUCAGUAAGAGGCCGGCAGAGAGUUGUGCUGAGGGCUGUUUCACCACGGAGAGGCUCGCACCAACACAAAGGCUGUGGUGAUAAAACCAGACACCAGGCAAAGAUGGAGAUGGCUCAUCAAGGAGCCUUUGAUAUGGAGAUGGAUCAAAGGAGAAGCUUGGCUUCCAGUCUGCCUGGUGCUGCCAGUUCCCAUCACCAGAACAUCCUCAGCCACCUCCCUCUUCACUCCCAGCAGCAGGCGCACAGUUUGCUCCCCGUGGUUCCUGUCGGAGGGCUCCAGAUGUUACACUCCCCGCCUUCCUCCAGCACUGAUGUCACCCCCUCCUCGGCUCCAAGCCCCCAAAGCAGUGAGGGCCAGCGUUGCAGCAGCAGGGAGGGAUCUGUCCACGGGCCUGAGUCUGGAGGAGAGGACAUCAGAGUCCAGAACCAGCUGUCCUCCCAUCAGGCUGCUCAGGAGACAAGCCUUGACCCCGGGGGCGUCAUGGACAGUAGACAGGAGGAGAAUGUCCAGACCUGCUUGAAAGCCAUUGAGUCGUUGAAGAUUACCACAGAGGACCCUCACUGAAACCCCCCUAUUUCUGUCUCCUUGAUUUGAUCCACGAACCCCCCCCCCCGCUACAGCUGCAACCUUGUCGUCCUCAGCCCUUUAGGCAUAUAACCUUUAUCUUUAUCCUAUUAGAGGCAAUAUAAUAACACUUUUUCUGGUCUUGCACAUACUCCAGACAGCUCCUUUUAAAUCUGAGUGGAGAGUCAAACCUUCACAGUGAAGAAGAAACCCAUGUCAGACCCUGUCUGAUGUGCUCUUCUCUUCAGAGACUUUUUUAAAAAUGAUUGGAUGAGCAGCAGGAAGUCUUGCAAGGUGGAGAAUCAUUCUAGGGUGAAGGUGCAAUAUGGAAAGAUAUUAUGCUAAUUUGCCUUUGUUUGACAUAGUAGUUUGCGUACAAUUGCAAAUAAAUUAUAUUUAUGGAUUCUGUACAAAUGUCCUUAACAUAUACUCCUUCUUAGAUGCAUACAAAAAGUGUAUUUUACUGUAUGUGUACUUUGAAAAUAGACUGUUGUUUAAUGUAACUAUAUCAAGGUGUGAUGCAGUAGUGCAGUAAAUAAAGACUAUUUAUAAGGGGAAAAGUAUGUGUAUUAUGAAACAGUCUGACCAAAUUUAAAGUAGACGCUUCUUGUGCAGUUUGGUGCUUCUAAUCAAGCGGCAAGGGUCUGUGCCUUUAUUUUGCUUUUCAAAUUUUUUUUUUUAUGGAGGAGGUUGUUGUUGAAUAAGGAAACAUGUCGAGGUACUCUUUAUUCAGAAGUGUCGGUGCUGUCAAAGAGUUGGCUCAAAGAAAAGCUUUUUCUUUCUUGUUACAUCAGUUCUACUGACAGACGGAUGCAGCUUGAUUUAUGUGAAACAAUCUUAAAAAAUGUUUCUUAUGUUGCAUUUUUCUAAAUGUUGUGGUUUUUAUCUUGGUAAAAAUGCAUGGGAUUUGCUAUUGCACAAAAAUAGAGGAAGUUAAUAUGUAAUUAUGAAUACUGUAAGAUGUAUUUAUAUAUUAGAACGUGAGCACUUAUUGAUACUGGUAAAUAUUUGACUACUAUUUAUAUGGUAUAUCUGUACUUAUGCAGCAGUGAUGCAAUUAUGCAGUGAGCCACGCUGGCAUUGCUUUGAUCUCAUGUAUUUGCUUUGAUUAAACAGCGUUUUUUCUCUCUCUUAUACAGAUGACCAUAAGAACUUUAUGAGUUUUGACAAUGCACUUUCAUCCUUUCAUCUUUGAUGUUUAACUGACGUGGUCAGUGAAAAUAAGGGAGUAAAACAUGUUGUGUUAUCUUGUGGUUUUUGAAACAUUCCAGUCGUUUUUUCACGUUUCUCAUUUUGUGAAACAUGUUGCACACAAAUUCAAGGGGCUAUGAUGAUCAGUCAAUAGUAUGUUUUCUUGCUUUCAAGUGUAACUGGAUAAAUCAAUAUCACUUACUGUAAUACUAAAGUAAUGAUAACAGCGUGAGUUGGUUGACUAUUGCUGUGCUUCAGCUCAAAAGUAAUCAUUCAAGAAAUGCAUUACUUCUUCUCUGUAUAUAUACACGCGUGUAUUUCUAUGAUUUAAACUAUUUUUGCAGUGUUGAAUUCUGAAAACUUUUUAUGUGGAUUGUUUAUAUCUCUGUAAGAGGGAAAAAGUCUGCAGUUGAUGUAGUGGAGGUUUAAUGAGGGCGAAAAUAGCACAGUGUUGAUUGCUAACACCAUGUGUCUCAUCUUUAAAAAAAAAGACAUGUAUUCAUAUCUUCAAUAUGUUAUGUUACCAGUUUCAGAAUGGAUUUCAAAAUCAGAAAACACUUGUUCACUCAUGUUUACAUAAAAAAGGUGCACUGCUUUAAUUUUGUGUUUCCCGUUUCUGAAGAUGUAUGUAGCUUUGAUUUCAUGUAAUUUAUUUUGUCGUGAUAAACAGUGCAGAAUGCUCAUAAAAUGUGAAGGGAAAGUGAAGCCUUCUAUUUGCUUUUGCAAACAGUAUGUAUUCAGAUUGUUUUUAUUGUGUAUUCAUAUUAAUUGAACUGCUUGGUGCCUCUCAUGUCUAUGAAAUUCCCUGUAAAACACAGGACAAAUCAUUUUACCUCUCCGCUAAGAUCUUUUGAAGAAGAAAAAAAACCUCAGUAGCCAAUCUGUUGUUUAGCUAUUUGCAUCAAAACCGGUUAGUCAGGACGGAGUGCCUAUUUUAUGCUAUGGGGACUUUAUUGUUUGGUGCUCUACUUUUUCAGAUUAAAUUCAAAAUUGUUUUAAAAGAAUAUACUUCUAACCCAA